AUGUGCAUUGCCGCAAACACCACGAGAUUCGUCUGUGAUGACAAUAUUGAUUCUACUUGGCAUAGAUACGCCCAUAUCCAGGAAUGGACAGGAUGCCUUAAUCAUCCUGACAGAAGACUCCACGGCAGAAAAUUCAAAGAAGAUAAACAUCUCAAGCCUUGCUCUGAUACACCCCCAGUUCCCAUCGCAACAAGCCUUUGUCCCGACUGUGCUGCCUCUCACAGCAAGUAUCAUCAAGAAGUUAUCCUGUCCCAUAUUUCACGCAUAAUGUACAGAACUGCAGAAGUCAAGGACUAUCUAUGCAAUUUUGAAGAUCUCCAUUAUGAGGUCGAGGGGUUGUACCGCCUUCUCAAGAGGUGUGACUUUUAUACAUAUUUGGAGCCCGCUCGGCUCGGAGAGCAAUAUAGGAACGGCGCAAUACCUGCGAGAGAUCCGAAUUAUAAAUUAUUCGCAUCAUUUUUUUCACGCAAGAGCACCCAAUACUCAGCUCAACUAAGCAAUGUGUACUUAAAGGAGCUGUUCCGCGAAGCAGAGCACCAGGAAUACAGGGGUGAAAGUCUUCGAGCGGAAGAUGAGGAGGAUCGUGCUGAGAAAGAGAGACUUCAGCGUAUUGAGGCAGCAAAAAACCCAGAGCAAAGACGCGAGGAUGAUGCGAACCGUGAAUGGCUAGCUAGAAAGGACGAAGAAGCUUCUCGUCCAAGGCAAAUGACACAGUAUUCUACGCAGAAUUUGUACGCUCGACAGGCGGGAGGUCCAUCGAGCGCUCAUCGAUCUCAAACUCGACAUCUCCAACGCUAUCGGGAAAGUUAG